GUGAGAGGGAAGAGUGCGUGGGGGUUCCACCACGCUCGACGCCACGCCCAGCCAUGUUCAUAGGAAAGGGAACAAAACGGGUUACGUCUGCAUGGUAUUAGUGGAUAACGGGAACAAACGCAAUCCAAGCUUGGCUCAGCCGCCAAAUAAUUGCAGGGCCCAUGCACCCAGUAAAACCAUGAGAAGAGAGAAACGGGAGAGCGGGAGAGCGGGAGAGGAAACCCGAGCCAGAAAAAAGAGUCUAUCAAGUUCCCGAUCCACGAUCGACGAAAAGAAGCCGGGACGAAAAGUCGAACGGUUGCCGGCGCAGACUUGCAGGAUGCAGGGCAGCAGGAUGCGUGGGCUACGUCGUCCCGUUCCUGACCCGGGAAAGGCAGAUAGCACAUGCUUCUGGAACGGCGUCCAUACUGUUCAAGGGCGAAUCGAAACGGGCCCCCCUUCUUCAGUAAAGUCAUGGAUCAUUGACCAUUUUUUGGUUGUCAAAAAGGAGGGAAUGGAAAUUCCCGAAGUCUCCACUGUUGAAAUGAUAUGCGAUAGGUUCCUGGGAGCUUGCUAGGAGUUGAAGACGAGUAAGGAAGGGUGUCGUGGUAUCCGUAUCCGUAACACGAAAGAGAAAAAAAAACACCUCGCUCAGUGAAAUCUGGCGGAGCCCUUUCACAUGUUAUUGGUGGUGAAUGGCGGCCUCGACAC